UGUGCUUUUUAGGUUUUCAUAAGCGAGCUAAUGAAUAAGUUGGUUGCCUUUUUGCUUCUGGCCGCCAUUUUAACAGUCCCUAGUGAUAAAACUUUAAACAUACCACAUCAACAAGUCUCUAAUUUUUUGUUCUGUAAAAUUGCUAAAGGCCGUCGUAGUGACUCAUUAUGGCUCGGAUUAUAUAAUUCUUGGUUUGAGUUAAGUCCUCCCUUAUUCUACGACUUUUUACCCGCCUUUAAUAAAAGAGAUGGCCAAAAUGUCUUUAAAAAUCUCAUGUUACUUAACAUGUUUGUAUACAUCCUCUGGUGGCUACUGCCUUUAUCCUUUAUGAAAAAACAUUUUGCUCUAAACCACGAUUCUGAGAAACCUGCUGGGCGUCUUUGGACCUUUUUUACUAAUGGCCUUAGCCACGCCAAUGUAUACUCGUUAGUGUUGACUUUAUUAAUGCUUAAACUGUUUGAAGGUUAUAUUGCGGAGUUCUGGGAGGGUCGCUCUUUCUACACUUUUUACUUUGGCACCAUCCUGGCGGGAUCAGCCCUUUCGAUUUUAUGGAAAUACUUACGCGGCCAAAGGGGCUGGUCAAUUGGCGGUGGCGUGGCGGUAAUGGGCCUGAUUGGGUCAAUGGUGGAACUGCAACAGUUAGACAGAGCCUUUCCUUUGCCAUAUCUACCAAUAAAUUUCCGUGUGGACGGGGCUAAGUUGGCCGUGGGGUAUCCUCUCCUUCAAUUCCUACUCGGCUCUCACGUGGACCUGCCCAUGUACUUGGGAGGAUUUCUGUUUGGGCGUUACUUUGCUAACUAA